UUGCGGGGAGGAGCUGAAGGAGAGUGUGGCGGGGCUUGAGGGUGACACCAGCGGGCGCUUGUGCACUUCCACAUGGCUUCGGCCUCAUCCGGCUGCGGGGCCGGGUUGUUGCGCUUUCUGCGUCUAGUCGGGCAGCUCAAGAGAGUCCCACGGACCGGUUGGGUAUACAGAAAUGUCGAAAAGCCAGAAAGCGUGUCAGAUCACAUGUACCGGAUGGCAAUUAUGGCUAUGGUGACCAAAGAUGACAGUCUUAACAAGGAUAGAUGUAUACGCCUAGCCCUGGUUCACGAUAUGGCAGAAUGCAUCGUUGGGGACAUAGCACCCGCAGAUAACAUCCCUAAAGAAGAAAAGCACAGAAGAGAGGAGGAGGCUAUGAAACAGAUAACCCAGCUGCUGCCAGAGGACCUCAGGAAGGAGCUAUAUGAACUCUGGGAAGAGUAUGAGACCCAGUCUAGUGAAGAAGCCAGAUUCGUGAAGCAGCUGGACCAGUGUGAAAUGAUCCUUCAGGCAUCAGAAUAUGAAGACAUGGAGAAUAAGCCCGGGAGGCUUCAAGACUUCUAUGAUUCCACAGCAGGAAAAUUCAGUCACCCUGAAAUAGUCCAGCUGGUUUCUGAGCUGGAGGCAGAAAGAAAUGCCAGCAUAGCCACAGCCUCGGCAGAGCCGGGCUCCUGAGCUCGCCCGGCUGAUCCACUGUGCCGCUUUCUUUGUUUCCUGGGGAUUCCCCAACAUGAGAUUCUCUUGUCUGGACUCGAACAAGAAAUGUGAUAUAAUCCAGUCCCUCAAAGAAGCCACCAAACCGGAAAUGGUCAGGAAGAUACCAUGGAUGAAGACUGAGGAGGAGAAUGUCUUUCUGCGUGAAUUAUAAAACUAUUAAACACUCCAAACUUUG